AUGGGUAGACAGACUGAAGAGCGGAAUGCUACUGUCGCUGCUGCUGCAGAGGCCGCUGUUGCCGCCGCUAUUGGGGCUAAUGGAAACAAUGGGAGCAACGGGAAUGAUGGGAAUCCAGCUCAGGGCCAAGUAAAUGCAAACACACCAAUGUCUAAGCUAGUCGAACAGUUUCUGAAGUUGAAGCCUCCGAGGUUCAAUGGUAGAGGUAAUACUGAGGCUGCACCUCGAUGGGUGGAAGAGCUAGAAAAAGCUUUCGAAGUGCUGGGAUGCACGGAAGAGGAAAAAGUAACCCUGGCAGUCUACCAGCUUCAGGAUAACGCAAGCGAUUGGUGGAGAGCCACCAGAAGUCAAGUGUUCCCCGCUGGUACUGUUCCGACUUGGACUAUUUUUAUCGAGACCUUCAUUGGCAAGUAUUUCUCGAAAAGUGCCCGAGAGCAGAAGUUGGCUGAAUUUAUGAGGCUUUGCCAAGGUCAGAUGUGGGUAGAUCAAUAUGAGGCCGAGUUUGCAAGGCUGUCUAAGUUUGUCCCAAGAAUGAUAGAGGACCCAGUGGGCAAAGCCCGGUGGUUCCGAGAUGGACUGAAGCCGGAUCUCCGCAGUUAG